AUACCUUUAUACAGUCAACUAUUGGACUUGUAUAUAGUUUAAUGUGUCAAGGUCUUGCAAUCAAUACGUAAACUUAGACAUUAGAUAGAUUGCAGGUUGAUUUUAAACCUUGAAGUACUUUCAGUUCGAGUAUUUUACCGGAAACAGAAUUUGUUUCACGUACUUUCGGUUUAGUGUACAAUUAACACAAUUUCCGGAUGGACUUUAAAUAGCUAAAUAAUGGCUUCGUUGAAGGGGUUUAUUGCAUGUAUUCUUGUAGUGUACCUGUCUGUGAUACUACAUAGAAUAAUACUUAAUCCUAAAAUAUCUGUGAUCUCAAUAGACUUGGAUUAUAUUUCAUUUGUUUUAUUGAACAUAGAUUACAAGUCACCGUAUCUAUACAUAGUCACGCUUAUCGUAGGGUUUCUUGUGCAUUAUGUUUAUAAUCUAUUGUUCCGACCCCUCAACAGGGUUCGACUCCUCGGCGAUGUAGGGUAUCAAAAGGACGGGAAGUUUACAAUGAAAGAGAUUUCAAACCGUGUCAAACACAUGAGGGACGUCGGUGAAAUACCACCAGUGUAUCCUAAUGGUUGGUAUGCACUUAUUGAAAGCUGGAGCGUCGGGCUAUUAGAGACAAAAACUAUUUCUGCGCUUGGUCAACAGUUUGCUGUAUUUAGGGACGAGAAUGGCGAAGCUCAUGUUUUAGAUGCAUAUUGCCCACAUAUGGGGGCAAAUUUAGCAGUAGGAGGCCUUGUUACCGGAGAUUGUAUCCAGUGUCCUUUUCAUGGCUGGAAGUUCAGAGGUCACGAUGGAAAAUGCAUGGGAAUCCCGUAUGCAGAAAAAAUUCCAGAGGUUGCUAAAGUAAAGUCUUGGACGACUGUGGAAAUAAAUGACUGGAUAAAUAUAUGGUAUCAUGCAGAGGGGAUGGAGCCAUACUGGCAAAUACCGGAAAUAGAAGAUAUAUCCAGCGGUAAAUUACAGUACAACGGAAGGACAGAACAUCACGUGAACGCGCACAUUGAAGAAAUUCCAGAAAACGGCGCGGACGCUGCGCAUUUGAUGAAAGUUCAUCGUCCAUUUGUUGGCGCCGGUUACGAACUUGACAAAAUUUGGAGUAAUUAUGCUAGUUGGAUAUAUCAUAAAUGGGAUGCAACGUGGAGUCAACGACCGAGUCCCGAGGACCAUGUUGGUUGUAUGGAAGUUACACAUGAUGUGAAGUUUUUCGGAUAUAGUCUUUUUAAAUUAUUUGAAAUUAAAGUGAAAGCAUUGCAGCUUGGACCGGCGGUUGUUCAUAUAACAAUGGAAGGAAUAUUUUUCAAGUGUGUCCUGCAGCACAUGGUUGUCCCGAUGGAGCCGGUUGUUCAGAAGGUCGUGCAAACACUUUACAUGCAUUGGGCAAUACCAAAUAUAAUUGGAAAAAUAUUUUUAGCCAGUGAUGGAAUUCAGGUAGAUAGAGAUAUGAGUAUUUGGAACAACAAAAAGUUCCAGUCUAAACCGAUUUUAUCUAAGUCACGUGAGGACAGUCUAAUUACCAAACACAGACGCUGGUAUUCACAAUUUUAUUCCGAGCACAGUCCACGAUUAAACUUUCAAAAAGAUACGCUGGACUGGUGAUGCUACUUUAGAUGCUGUGUAUGAAUACAUUACCUUCUGGAGAUGACCACCAUAUUUAAAAAUAUUAGAGUGUGUAAUUUGGAGUGUGAUUAAAGGGACUCCACUGAGAUUUUUUUGACAUGACGGGACCGGAAAUAAUAUCUUAAGAUGAAUGUUCCAUUUGAUGUAGGUAUAGACCAAUAAGUUAGGUACAAAAUAUCAGACCAUUUGCUCACUCUGUUUUUCCAGAAUAAUUAUUCUAAAUAUGGCAAUUGGUCCAAAUUUGCAACGCGUUGCCGCAGUAUUCAUUAAAAUCAGAUUUAAAUAGCAUAAAAAUACGAAUUAAAACUUGUUUUUGGGUAUAUUUAUUCAUCAUAGUUUGCACGUCAUUCUGUUUAAAGUGUCCAUACUGAAAUUUGUAAGAAAUUCAAAUUUAUAUUUUAGGCAGUUGGGUUCCUUUAAUGUUUGAUAGUAAGUGUAAAACACUUUGAAACAUAUCUUUAUACCGUUGUAUGUUUUAUUGAACUUUCGAUUAUUCAAGAUAGUGUUACUAAAUUAAUUUUUACUUAUUUAAUAAAGAUUUUAAAAUAAAUUGUUUGAAAUUGUUUGUGAUUUUAUUGUCUAUUUCAUUGCUUUGGUUUUCUAGCGAUGGUAUUUUGAAUUGUCGUUUUAUCAUGUAAAGUUAAGUAACCUUAACAAACAGAGCAUUUUCACUUAAUACUACUUUAAACAAUAUCAAUAUUACUUUAAAUCAAUAUUAAAAUAUUUCCUUA